CUGUGUUUGAGAGGGGGGUGCAAGAUGGCGGCGGGCGAGGCGGCGGGUCGUUACAGGAGCACCAUGAGCAAGAGCAAGGACCCCUCGGGGCUCCUCAUCUCUGUGAUCAGGACUUUAUCUACCAGUGAUGAUGUUGAGGACCGAGAGACUGAGAAAGGUCGCCUGGAAGAAGCUUAUGAGAAGUGUGACAGGGAUUUGGAUGAGCUGAUUGUCCAGCACUACACCGAGCUCACCACCGCCAUCCGCACCUACCAGAGCAUCACCGAGCGCAUCACCAACUCGCGCAAUAAGAUCAAACAGGUGAAGGAGAAUCUGCUCUCGUGCAAGAUGCUGCUGCACUGCAAGCGGGACGAGCUGCGCAAGCUCUGGAUUGAAGGGAUCGAGCACAAACAUGUCCUGAAUUUGCUGGAUGAGAUAGAGAACAUCAAGCAAGUGCCUCAGAAGCUGGAGCAGUGCAUGGCCAGCAAGCGCUACCUCAACGCGACAGACAUGCUGGUGUCAGCGGUGGACUCCUUGGAGGGUCCCCUUCUUCAGGUGGAGGGACUGAGUGACCUGAGACUGGAGCUCCACAGUAAGAAGAUGAACAUGCACUUGGUCCUGAUAGAUGAACUCCACCGUCAUCUUUACAUCAAAUCUACUAACAGAGUGGGACAACGCAACAAGGAGAAGGGGAGAAUAAGUUCACUUGUGAAAGAUGCCUCUUCUGUACCUCUCAUGGACGUUACGAACUUGUCUACACCCCGAAAGUUCCUUGAAACUUCCCAGUUCAGUACUCCAGGGAGCUCCAGCAUGCGAGAAACAAGCCUUCUGGAAAUGAAAGAUGAUACGGAACUGGAUCCAGAGGAGAACAGCGCUGUCUUCAUGGGCAUCCUCAUCAAAGGGCUGGCCAAGCUGAAGAAGAUCCCUGAGACGGUGAAAGCCAUCCAGGAUCGCUUAGAACAAGAGCUCAAGCAGAUCGUGAAGCGAUCUACGACCCAGGUGGCAGACAAUGGUUACCAGAGAGGGGAGAACCUGUCUCAGGAAAAUCAGCCCAGGUUACUGCUGGAACUGCUCGAGCUUCUCUUUGACAAGUUCAACGCUGUGGCUGCUGCGCAUUCAGUUGUCCUUGGACACCUUCAGCAAAUGGUGGCCUCUCCUUGCAGCCAGUACGACGGUGAUAUUAAGCUCUAUGACAUGGUUGAUGUAUGGGUGAAGAUCCAAGACGUCUUGCAGAUGCUGCUGACGGAGUACCUGGAUAUGAAGAACACCCGCACCGCCUCAGAGCCGUCCGCCCAGCUGAGCUACGCCAGCUCCGGCAGAGAAUUCGCCGCCUUCUUCGCAAAGAAGAAACCACAAAGACCCAAAAACCCUUUGUUCAAGUUUGAGUCCUCCUCCCAUGCUAUUAGCAUGAGUGCCUAUUUGCGUGAGCAGAGAAGGGAACUGUACAGCAGAAGCGGAGAACUUCAAGGUGAGGAAACAGAUAACGCGCCGGUUUGG